GCGAAGUGUACAGAAAAACGGAGAUGAAAAUAAAAGAAGAAAAAAAAGAACCAAAAGCAGCACAGGUCAAAAGAAGAAGAAGAAGAGGAGGCUUUGUUUACCUUUGCCAGCAUGCCGAAGUACUACUGUGACUACUGUGACACCUACCUCACUCAUGACUCGCCGUCAGUGCGCAAGACACACUGCCAGGGACGCAAACACAAGGAGAAUGUGAAGAUCUACUACCAGAAGUGGAUGGAGGAGCAGGCACAGUCUCUCAUUGAUGCCACAACGGCUGCAUUUAAGGCUGGCAAGAUCCCAAAGGGUGCUGCUAUUCCCCCUCCCUCGGCCAUGCAGGGUGGUGGACCUGGGGGACCCGGGGGCCCAGGACCUGGACCACAAAACAUGGGUGGCCCUGGGGGACCUCCACGGGGACCAGGCAUGGGCAGCAUGGGGCCACCUGGCAUGGCAGGUGCCAACAUGCCAGGCAAUAUGGGCAUGCCUCCCAUGGGGCCACGGGGACCUAUGAUGGGGCCGCCCAUGAUGGGGGGACCACCAGGGCCAGGCAUGCCCCCAGGAAUGAUGCCAGGAAUGCGUCCUCCGAUGGGGGGGCCAAUGGGACCCAUGAUGAUGGGGCCAGGGGGCAUGCGGCCGCCUAUGAUGGCGGGCCCGCCACAAAUACGACAAUAACCUAUAUCGCCGCCCCAGGCUGACCAAGCCCCUGUCCUCUUCUCCCCUGCCAUCUGAACCCGCCCUUCCCUUCAAUCCUAGACAAGCUCACAUCGCUGCCAGGAAGUGUAGUGUUGAUGUUGUGAACUGCCUCUUAUGAACUACCACUUAAGUCACUACAUGUGUAAGCUGUGAAGAUAAGAAUUUUUUAUUAUAGA